AUGAACGGUCAUACUUACGAACUCAUCCCCCACACCAUCAAUUGCUUCAAGGCCACAGUAGGCAUCCGAACGGAAGGUGAGCAUUCGAGGCAUCACAUUGUCCUGGAAGAUAGUGCAAUGCAGUAUCCACCACGACCGAUGGACGGCGUUUCCCCCCAAUUUGAUAUGGGUCACCCCCACAAGUUGUUCCUCGGCGUUCCUGAUUUCCCAACCGAAGCAACCUACGUUGAUUUCGGGGUCCGGCAAAAUCGUCAGAUUUUGUGUUUCCGGACCGAAUCUCGUUCGACGACACAGACACACGACGGCGGCAGCUUCUUUUCGCUCUUCAGAGUUUGCUCGCUCGAGAACGAAAUCGCCCUCUGUAUUCGAUCGUCUCUAUCUGCGCUUUACCGGGGAUUUUCUCCGGGAUUGCAUAACAUCUCAUCAUCCUUCGCCUCGCCGACACGGCGCUCAUCGACCCCGGUGCCGCCGAGCGGCUGGAUGAAGAUGGCCACCAUUGGACCAGAGAGAGUCAUGGAUACUACAGGCAUGAGCUCCUUCGAAGGUCCGUCGUCUGGUCGCCAUGUACCGAGCGUGCUCUCCAUGGACGCUGGAACCCACCCGAAUCACCUCGACAUGUCGUCCAAUGCGCCCCAGCCCUCUCCUCGGACUGUGCCGCCUCCGAAUCCGCCUUUCGUGUUCCCAGCGCGCGAGCCUUCCGUCCCUACACAAGCACCAGCCAGGUCCACGGCACGACGGCCAAGAUCGGUCGUUGAGAUGUCUGGCCUCUCCACUGCCACCAAGGUCGACAAGGUCGACACCGAAGAGGGCAGCAGCGUGCCUGUGCCUGUGCCUACCCGGCCAGCUGGGCGCCCCUCCUUGCCCAGCUUCAACUUCAACCCGGGCGCGUCUCUCCCUCCCGAUUCAACACCUGCUUUUCUGAGCCCUCCAUUGUCACCCCGCUCACCCCGACAUGGCCCGUCGGCCUCUUUGACCGGCGGUCACGGCCACAGAAGAGGAGGGAGCGAGUUUGUCGGGGGGAACGUUCGGACCGGCGAAUCUAUCACGGUGAUGAGCACGAGCCCGACCAAGUCGGAGAGCGGGUUCGCAUCGCCCGCCUUCCAACCACCUUCCGUCGGUGCUCCGUCUCCAUCCCCCGGCGGCCGGCGAAGAGGACACAACCAUCGACGAUCUGCAGCCAUCUCGAGCCACGAUCUGACCCUCAUUCUUCAGCCGCCGCAGCGCCCUGGUUCGUUCCGUGGCAGCAGCGCCCCUGCCAGUCCUGCCGGCUUCGGUCAUAAAUUUGAAGACCCCCGCACCAGCGCUUCGGAACAGUUUUCCAUGCCGAGGACUCCCGACCUGGAGCAGGAAAAGCCGGAUGACAACAAACAGCCUACCUCCGAGGAAAGCGAAGACUCAGCUGACAUCCAAACUACACCUCGAGUUAGGCCUGCGCCUCGUGCUCGGGUGGGGUUCUCCGACGAGCUGGAGUUUAUUCCCAGACCCCUUUCCUUGGUAUCAAGCGACGGAUCGAGCACGGCAACCGCCCGCCCAGGAGGACAUUCCGUUUCGGGAAGUCUAUCGUCAAUCAUCUCCGAGCUCGACAUGACGAUUCCCGAGAACCCAUCCGCAGAGGCCGUCCCGUUGGAGCGGACCCCCACGCGGCAGACGGUCGGGUCGCGGCCUAGCACGGCCGGCGCGGUUUUGGAGCGUUCCCAGAGCAUCCAGUCCGUCAGCCACAGUGGACCGUCUCUUCAUCGACGAAAUUCGAUCCCGUCCCUGACCUCGUUGCCGGACCCGACGGCCAAGAUCCCUUCCAACCCAAGCCCGACCAAGACACCCAAAAGGUGGUCUUUCUUCGGACUCGACCCUUUCGCAGCCUCACUGGCACCAGUCGGAGGGAAACAGUCUCCCCGGGCAGCUUCUUACGAUUUGUCCCCGAAACUUGGUGAUUCCGCGUCGGUAUCGUCCGAUCCUACUUGCGACUCAGCCGCCGAGCCCGGUCAUGAGCCUGCAGAUGUCGAACCAUCUACCCAGCAGGCAUCUGGCAAAGGAGCGAUCAAGAAGAAGAAGAAGAAUAAGAAGAAGGUGAAGUCGUGGGCCGGUUCCAUACUAAAGAGCAAGUCAAAGCCUCGCGGCAAGAAACCACCGAGCGCCUCUAUGACGCAUCACGAUGUUACACCGAAUGACGAGGUGCCAUCUCCCGACUGCGCCGCUUCAGAGGCGCCAGCGGAGGCGGAGGCGGUGGCCCUGUCAGUCGUGGCCCCGGUGGUGACGGUGACGGUGACGGACUCGUCCGAUUCAACCGACGAUGGGCAGCGGCGGAGGCCUCGACGCAUGGGAUUCGACGAUGACUCGUCGUUCCCGAUGAUCGACCUCGAUGCUGCGCUUGGUCCCUUCAACACGCCGCUACCGCACAAUCCGGAAUGGGAAGCAGCGCAAAAGGCGGCUGGUCCGACAACAAAGCGUCAGUUGCAUAGUGCACAGGGCAUGAGGGGCUUCUCGGGACCGGGUAUGCAUUAUCAUCGACGAGCCGAGAGCGCGCCAGAGAUGGUCCCCUUCGAGGCCGCGCGGUUCGGCAUCAGUCGGUUCGGCAGUAGCUCGACAAUGGCCGACGUGUUUGAAGAGGACGAGGAAGGCGAGGACCAGACUGACAUGACAGACACCGGCAGCGACGAGGACGAAACGCCUCCGGCGACCAAGGCGGCUAAACCUAAAGCAUUUGAUCUCGAUGGCUCGACGCUGCAGGAGGCGGGCACGGUGGAGCGGCGACGACCGACGGCCAGCAUGAAGUCGGAGCGAUCGGCGGCGUCGUUGCACGAGCAGGUCAUUGUCGAAGAGGCGUCCACCGCCAUACCUCCCGUUCCCGUUCCCGUUCCCGCACCAGGUCAGUUCGAGAAGCAGACUCGGUCCGAUUCAACCAGUUCGGCGGCGCCGUCACCCCGACGCAUCAUGGCCGGCGGCGAUACUACAACGAUGGCGACGGACGACGUCAGCCCGCUCCAGCUGCCGACGUGCAACAACGUCCCCGUCAGCCCUUACGCGAUGAGCCACGCCUCGUCGUUCCCGUCGCCCCGGUCCCCGAUCUCGUACGACGCGCAGCGCAUCUCGACGGCGCCGUCGUCGGUCAACAACGACGAGAACACGCUGCAGUCGCUCCUGCUCGGCGAGCCCGGGCCGGAAGUGCGGCUGUCGAUGGACGUGCCGCCGUCGCUGACGUCGAGCCGGUCGACCAUGACGCGGCACAGCAGCACGACGUGGAUCCCGGGCCCCCAGCCGCGCGCGCAGCUGCCGUUCCGGCCGGACCAGCGCCCGUCGUCGGUGUCGUCGGUGGCGUUCGGGCGUCGGCGGUCCAGCCUGGCCAGCCUGAGCCGGCUGAUCAGCAGCUCGCACGGCGAGCGGAGCAAGCUGUCGACGGAAGUGCAGUACGAGAGCGACGCGGAGAAGAAGCAGAAGGCGAGCAAGGCGAAGCGGCUGAGUCGGCUGAUGCAGUUUUGGAAGCCCAAGCCGGAGUCGAGGGAUUCGACCAAGACUGAAAGGGGGUCGCCGGUGACGGGAGUGUUAGAGCGCCUGGGUGAGCCGAGCAGCCUCGGUUCAGUUUGGGCCGAUGACCGGUACUUGUAUCUGUACGGAGCCUUUGCCAAUUGCUCCUCCUCUCACUCCAAUUGGAUUACCGCCAACAGCAACCCAUUUGCCAUUCAGCAGUCCGGCUCCCACUCUCCUACCCCCCGGUCAACUUCCCCUCCGUUGCGCGCAGACUCCCCAGACUCGGAGACGACGAAAAGCGACUCGACCAACGAAAGACCCGAUCAAUAUUGA